AUGUGCGCGCCGGCAGCCGCGGCGCUCUUCUUAGCCGCACUCGCUGCACUUCCAUGCAAAGGAACAGAUGCAGACACCUCGACAAUACGAAACGAAAAUAGACAAAAAAACCCGCAACCAAUGCUGAACAAAGUAUAUCAGAUGCUACACACUAGCACUGAACUUCAUAACGAAACUAAACUGUCCUUUAAUGCUUCACCAGUUUUACACAGUUUCGAAACUGGCAUAGAAAAAUCACGACUUACAUGCUGCCAGAAUGACACACACAGAUUUUCAAGUGACGAUGGUGCUACGAACAAAAAGACAGAUGACGACAAGAGAGUUAGAAAUCCGCGACUUGUGAAUGAAAACGCAGUGGAAAAUGUCACGCUGCUUCAUAAUCCAACAGCAGGUACAUCGGUCGCAAGUCCAGUGGUCAUGGAGAGAAAAAGGAAGUCAGGUGUAUCUGGUUCAAGUGCACCAUUACUGAAUUAUAUAUUCGAUACUUAUUCCAACACUCACUAUCAUCGGAAUGAAAAAACCAGCAACGGUAAUAGUAUAUACGUCGCAGCCGGUCCCGAAAUCGAAGCACUCGUGGGUUCUACAGCCCACAUGGACUGUAAAGUAGAUGCCCUCCAUGACAAACUGGUGUCAUGGGUGCGUCGAAAAAAUGACGAAGAAGCAAUGGAACUGCUUACAACCGGAACACAGCAGUAUACUGCCGAUGACAGGUACUCAGCUCGUUUCAUCCCUCCUGAUAUUUGGCGGCUUGAAAUAAAAGAAGUUAGGCCGACCGAUGCGGCUUUUUAUGACUGUCAAUUAUCCGCCCAUCCACCCAGAACAGCUAGGGUUACUUUACGAGUUCCAGAAGUGUCAGUUCAGAUAGUAGAUGGAGCUGGUGCCCCAGUCUCUGAACAAGUCUGCGAACUUGGAAGUACGGUUGCAUUGCGAUGUGAAGUAAGAGGCCUGCGUAUGGAAGGUGGACCUUCAUUACUUUGGUAUAGGAAAGAUGAUUUGCUCAAUGAUGAUACCACUAGAGGAGGAAUUAGUGUAAGGACGGAAUUUGGCCCUAACGGCGCCAGCUCCGUACUUCGGGUAGCGCGCGUCAGAGGUGACGAUGGGGGGCAGUACAGUUGCAGCAUCGCACGCACGCCCCCUCCACCACCUGCGCCUGCGCAUGUUAUGUUACACAUUAUCAAAGGAGAGAGUUUAGCGGAGCUACACCAAGGCGUAGGACGUCAGGCCAUAUCACGAUACCUAGUCAUUGGUAUAGUGGCACAACUUGUUUUGCAAUAA